AUGGUGGGAUCAGGUUCUUCAGGUGGAGAUUUACGAACUCCACAGUUUGAUGGUGCAAACUACGAUUUUUGGGCUGUCAAAAUGGAGACUAUCCUCAUAGCACAUGAUCUAUGGGAUGUAGUAAAGGUCGGAGUACAACCUCAGCCGAUUCUCAAGGAGGAAGAAGGCUCUGGAGGUGAAGGAAGUGAGGCUGAUCAAGUUCCAGUGGAAGCACCCACCAUCUCCAGAGAAGACAAAAUCAAAACUGCCAAGGCACUGAGUCUUAUUCAAGGAGCAUUAACUGAUGAGCUCUUCCCUAGCAUCAGAAAUGAAAAGACUGCAAAACACUAUGCCAAAAAAGGCCUUUAG